AUGCCAGGAUCUAAAAGACGAGCGUUGAAAAAGCUCUUAUCACCUAACUCUACACCUUCUAAUGAUCCUUCCACAUCUCCGUCGCCUCAAUCUACGUCGAAUUCGAAUAACACUUUGAGUCAAAUGAUAUCGCCUCCUCAAGGGGGUACUUUACCUCCUCCAGCAAUAUCGUUGAGUCCAGCUGAAGUUGAAGAGAGUAUAGUGUUGGAAAACAUGGCUGCUAGGGAAAAAGAGAUUGGUCAUUCGACAUCUCCAUCAGGCUUGACACCUUCAUCCAUUACUCAAGAUCAAGAUCAAUAUCAAGGUCAGAGUCAAACACAAGGUCAAGUUCCCGCUUCUUCUCCUGCUCCUUCCCCCAUCCCAUCUUCUCCUUCAUCAGCACAAAAUGGAAAUGGUAGUGGAAACGGAAGCUCUAACGGAAUAGCAAGUAUAUUUGGCGGUGGAAGUAAUAAUGGAGAUGGAAAUGGGAUUGGGAUCGGUAAAAAAAAGAAAUCAAGUAGACAAAAAUUCGAAGAACGUCAAGCUAGAAAACAAGAAGCUUUAUUACAUUCUGCUCCUCCAGAUGAUCCCAAUUGGACUGCUCAACUUGAGAAAGAGCGCUUGGAAGAAAUCAGAGUUAUUGGUGAUGCAUGUACUGCACUUGGAAGAGAACUUUACGAGAUUUCCCCGGAUGGACAUUGUAUGUUCUCAGCUAUAGCGGAUCAAUUGGCUGAGAUAGGAAUAGUAGCACCACAAGAUGCUGAAAAUUAUCGUGUCACCCGAAACGCAGCCUCCAAAUUCAUGCUCUCACAUCCAGACGAAUUCAUGCCUUUCUUACCGUCAAUCACCGGCGAAGAUUCUGCAGGAGCGACUGAUGAUGGUAUCAUGACCGAAAAAGAUUUCAAGAAAUAUUGUCAGUUGGUCGCUGAAACAGGUGAAUGGGGAGGUGAACCUGAAAUCCAAGCUUUAUCUAGAGCUUUCAAUGUACCUAUUCAUGUCAUACAAAGUGGACCUCCCACAGUCGUGUCUCAUGGUGGAGGUGAUGAUGCCUUUGGAGGAUCAAUGACCCCCGAGCAAAGUCUGACUGCAGGAGAUAAAGUAGUAAGAAUCAGUUAUCACAAGCGAAUGUAUGGAUUAGGAGAGCAUUAUAACAGUUUACGAAGGGUAUGA